UCUUAAGUCAAACAGCACCCUUUGAAUAAUCUCGGAAAAACAAUUACUCCAUAAUUUAUUUUUUUUUUUGGUAUACUUUAAAGAGCAGGUAUGCUUAUGAAAUAACCUGGCAAUUUCCUCUUUUCCACACUUCUCAAUUUUCUAUAUAAAGGGCAGCAAGUUCAUCAUUUACGCACCCUUUUUCUUACCUACUCAAACACAAACAAGCUGAGUCCAACUCAAAAUUAUGGUCCAAGAAAAGAAGCUAGUUGAUGAGGUUUCCGGUUGGCUAAGAGUCUACGACGAUGGCUCAGUCGAUCGGACAUGGUCAGGUCCCCCGGAGGUUAUGUUCAUGACAGAUUCGGUGCCACCCCAUGAACAAUUCACUGAAGGUGUAGCCACUCGUGAUGUCACUAUUGAUUCCAAUUCAGGACUCAAAGUUCGAAUCUAUUUGCCAGAGCAAAUUCCCACCACUAAUACUAAGUUGCCAAUCAUCCUUCAUUUUCAUGGGGGUGGUUUUUGCAUCAGCCAACCUGAUUGGUACAUGUAUUAUCACUUUUACACUAGGCUGGCAAGGUCAGUUCCAGCCAUUUGUGUCUCAGUUUAUCUCAGGCUUGCACCAGAGAACAGGCUCCCAGCUGCCUGUGAUGAUGGCUGCGCUGCUCUCCUCUGGCUAAGGUCGUUGGCUAAAGGUGAAUCAAAUGAGCCCUGGAUCAAUGAUCAUGCAGAUUUUAACAGAGUUUUUCUUAUUGGGGAUAGCUCAGGAGGGAACAUAGUGCAUGAAGUGGCUGCACGUGGUGGGAACUUGGGUUUGAGCCCAUUAAGGCUAGCAGGUGCGAUUCCAAUCCACCCAGGUUUUGUCCGUGUGGAGCGGAGCAAGUCGGAGUUGGAGCAACCCGAAUCACCUUUAUUAACUUUAGACAUGGUGGACAAGUUUUUGGCCCUGGCAUUGCCACUUGGGAGCACCAAGGACCAUCCGAUUACUUGCCCUAUGGGGUCCAGCGCUCCGCCGAUUGACGGUCUAAAUCUUCCACCAUAUUUAUUAUGUGUAGCUGAGAAAGACCUGAUCAAGGACACAGAGAUGGAAUACUAUGAAGCCAUGAAAAAGAGCAACAAAGAUGUGGAAUUGUUGAUUAGUCAUGGAAUGGGGCAUAGUUUUUACCUAAACAAGAUUGCCGUGGACAUAGACUCAGACACUGCUGCCCAAACCACUGGCCUUAUUGAAGGAAUCAAAGAGUUCAUCAUGAAGCAUUGAAAAUGUUUUUUUCCUUUGCAAUUAAUGAAAUAAAAUGAGUGAUCUUAUUGAUAGCUUGUGCCAAAUUUCAUGCAUGUUUCAUCAUUUAAUUGAGUUGGAACCAUUAAUUGGAAGUGAGGAGAUAUUCAUUUGGAAAGAAAAU